AUGUGGGCCGUCGACAGUGGUGCAACACACCACAUAUGCCACGACAAGACCAAGUUUGCAAGACUGAACAAGCGCAACGACGGUGAAAUCUUGGUGGCGGAUGGCAACAAAGUGGUCAUCAAGGGUGUUGGAACCAUCUUUGAAAAGGUGGUUCUGCCCAGCGGUGAAGAGCGUGAGAUCGAGAUCAAGAUCAAGAACGUGCUUUAA